AUGUCUAAUCGAUUUGAUCGCUUCGAGAGGCUCUUUGCUUACAAGCGCAAGCACUCGCUCCCUACAGUCACUUGCGACCCUGAGCCUCUAAGCCCAACCGUUCGACCCUCAGAGCUGGAUCAGCAAUUUCCCUCGCCGUCCUUCAUCCGCCCUAAGAAACUCCGGAUGUGUGCGCGUGACGAGAUUCGCCUCAGAGAAGCCUCCGGCCGCUCGCCAUCCGUCCCUGACAUCUUUACUUCGCAGGGCUCCAUCCGCGGCCACUCUCGCGACAGCGGCUCGACAGGAAGCUCGUACUCGCGCAAAGGCUCGGCGCGUUCGCCUUCUCUUAAUAGCAGAAGACAACAUCACCUAGUCACCGGCCUCCGCGAGUUUCAGUUUCCCAAGCCCACCUUUCAGAACGGCCAAGUUUCCCCCCAAUCGUCCACCUUUAGCGACAAGUCGACCAUAGCUCCUCGCAUUCCGAGCCCACGAUCCCGCUCACCUCUUCACAUGGAUAUUCCCCCCUGCAGAACUGACACGCCACCCUCUUCGGAUCCUGAGGACAACACCAGCCCUUCAGAACCCUGGCGGACAAAGAAGCUCCCUGAACUACCCCAUCGCGCUCCGCCUACACCUGACGAGUCUCCCCAGCUGGGGCCGUUACCCGACCCACCGAGGCUGCCUCAGCUUCGUCAUUCUCAGUCGACAGGUGCUUUGGAGAAGAUGAUGUUCAGUGAUAUUACAUUGGACCUUGGCGACAAAAUGGAGGGUGUGCCCAUGCGCAGAUCCAACAGCGAACAUAGCCUCGCACCAUCGGAAACCCCGUCGACUUCCAGCUCUGUUCUUCGCGAACCAGAUGUUACUGAGUUCCUCACUCUUAGCGAUGACGACAUUGCCGAGGAGGAGCUCGCUGGUAUCGACGCUGAACCUAAAUCUGCACCUGCAACGAAGCCGCUCGCUACCACUUUACUAACUCUCACCCCGCCUCGCGCAAGUCAGCCUGCCACAGCUGCAGCAUACGUGGCAGCCAGAAUCGCCAAAAGUUACGACUUUGAUCUGGUUUAUAUUGUCAACCUUUGGCCCGGCCCGGUGGAGUCCAACGGCGAACGCCCGUUGAUUGGACGUCUUCUCGCCGCCCACGGCCUACACCACGUUCCUUCCCCUCUCCAAAUCUCCUCCCUGGUUCACACCACCAUUCUGCGAUCUGACGGUUGGAUCGAGUACCGUAAUGCCGAUGCUCGACCCCACGAUCUCGCUCGCGGCUACGCCAGUGCCUUCUACACGGGCCAGUACGCGAGGAGUUUGUCUGGAAAUACAUCAACUCCUGUUUCUGGCGUUCGUCUGUCUGAGCAGAUUGACCGCGGCAUUGUCUUUGCUGCCUACCGCAAGCCUCGCCAAGGCGGGGACCGCCUCGGCCAUUCUUUUGAUGACAAGGAGCUUGGCGACCUUCACCGUGAGGCCGAGAGCCUGGUGGAGAUGCUCAUUGACAUCCACGUCACCAGCCGCCUCCGCCAGCCACGCAUCAGCUCGCGCACCAGCGAGGAGACUGGUCCUAUGCCUCUACAGCCAAUUGUCGCGGCAUAG